AUGAGCAUCAACCUCGGGUUCGGGCGGCACUACUACGACACCAAACCGCAAUCAAACCUCUUGACGAUCGCACUGUACACCUCAGUCGGGGCGUCCAUAUGCUGCUUCGCCUCGACGGGCAGCAAGGUGGGGUUCGGCGUGACGCUUCUGCGGCUCCCGUCAGGCUGGUACAAGGCGUUCGUAUGGUUUGCUGUCGUGACCCUGACCGCCGUCAUGCUUCCCAGUGCCACCAUGACGUGGUUGGAGUGCCACCCGAUGCAGAAGGACUUCAACAGUCAGAUGGAAGGAACCUGCUGGGAUAAGUCUGUGACGCUUAACUACGGCAUCUUCAACGUUGCCUGGUGCGCCUUCACGAACUUCAUCUUGGCCUUGAUUCCGUGGAAUCUGAUAUAG